AUGGCGCAACCACAACUCAGACGCAGAACAAGUCUUCGCGACAAGCUCAGGGUAUGGCAGAAACCCACAUCAAUCCUGGACACCGUACCCGACAACGAGGAAGAAAGGCCGCGUUACGUCUACCAACCUAAACAUGCUGCCACCGACUUUUCUCAGUUAACAAUCACACCACCUCCUUCGAUGCUCCGCGAGUGCCGACCAUGUAUUUCAGGGUCCGAAGCAAGCCAGAUAUCCCGUCCACAGACACGGCAGUCACGGCGAGCAUACCGUCACCCAGAGUCGGCAAAUCCUCUGGCCGAGAUGAGAUUCCGGGGUCACCGGCGGGACAUGGCAUCGGCAUCCUCGCAGCAGGAGCGCUUCAAAUCAUCUCACCUACCAAGUCCACCAACAUGGACUACCACAAGGCCAGCUCCACUCACCGAUUACGAGCUUUUUCUCGCACAAGCGGAACAUGAGGAGAGGCCACACCAAGAGUUGUUGAACAGUAUGGAAACUCAGCUACAUGAUCUCGUCAGGCCGGAUCCCCAUCAACAGUAUGUCACGCUGGCUCCCACGAGUCUAAGCGCAGGCUCGACCGCUGUAGCUGGGACAAGCAGGACGACAACUGGCAACAAGAGUCGUGCGAGUCGCAACAGCUGGGCACCCAGUUAUGCAACCGGUGGUGCAAUGACAGAAGUUACUGGGCUUCAACAACACAAGGGAACAACAGGGGGAAAGUCAUUCCAAGGUGGUUCAGACCCAAGGGGUCAUACAGUGAUGUCCAAUGGCGUUGAGGCAUCAAUCCACAGGUCAGGCACUGUACGGGGGAUCUCUGACGACAGCCAUACACGACAGCCUAGGGCUCUUACUCUCAAGAGGCAAGCAAGCUUUGCCCAGAGGAUUGCGGAGUACAUCCGUCCUCCACGGCCAGAUGUCAUGGAUAGUUGUAGGAACGAAACCACCUUGAAGUUGACGCGAUCCGGGAGUCGAGCCGGACUAAGAAGGCUGGUGGCUGUUCCAAUUCAUCACAUAGAGACGCUUGCUGAAUGA